GGGACCAGUGGCCAUGAUCUUGGUUUUUUUGAUGUUGAGCUUCAGACCAUAUUUUGCGCUCUCCUCUUUCACCCUCAUUAAAAGGUUCUUUAAUUCCUCCUCGCUUUCUGCCAUCAAGGUUGUGUCAUCUGCAUAUCUGAGGUUGUUGAUAUUUCUUCCGGCAAUCUUAAUUCCUGCUUGGAAUUCAUCUAGUCCAGCCUUUCGCAUGAUGAAUUCUGCAUAUAAGUUAAAUAAGCAGGGAGACAAUAUACAACCUUGUCGAACCUUGGAAGAAUAGUAUUUUGUAAUCUCAGAAGAGGCUUCACAAACAUAGAAAUUGGUGCCUAGUAUGAUUUCACACAGAGAGAGUCUUGGGUUUGCUUUUUUAAAAAACAAAAAUCAAGUCUCUAGACCUGAUGUUUACGGUAAUAAUAUUAGCUUUAAGCCGUUAUGGGGACCCUGUGGCCCUCCAGAUAUUGCUGGCCUAGAUUAGGAACUCCAGGUCAUCUCUGGCCAUUGUAGUCCAACAUAUUGAGCAGGGAUGGGGAAGCUGUGGGUGUUGCUGGAAUACAAUUCCCAUCGUCCCUGACCAUUGGCCUUGCUGGCUGAGAUGGGAUCUGGAAUCCUAGAACAUCUGGAGGGAACGUUUUAUGACACCAUAGUGUUUGUAAUGGCUAAAUGGAACCCUCCCAUGUUCAGGGUUAUUUUCAUCAUCGCUCCCAUCUAAUAGCAAAGUCAGCUGGACUGGUUUAUAGUCAAAACAGGGCUGGCUGGGAAACAAGGAGACAUUAGUUUGCAAAAGUCCAAAAAAUAUUGGGGGUAGAAGACUCAAAAGCGUACAGAAAUGGCUUGGCGAGGACUGAGCGAGCUCAGCAGCCCACCAAUCACUUAACAGAUAUAAUAUAUACCUCUCUGGCAUAGCUGCCAAGUUAUCCCUUUUUUAAAGGGAUUUUCCCUUAUGCUGAAUAGGCUUCCUCGCGAGAAAAGGGAAAACUUGGCAGCUAUGCUCUCUGGGUGUCGUGGAACUGAAAAUCCCAUCAUCCUUGCUGGCCAGGGCUGAUGGGAGUUGUAGCUCAGCAAGAGCCAAAAGUUCCCCACACCCAACUUUUCAUUCAUUUAUUCCGAACUGCACGGAAUAUAUAUUCUGUUUGGGGUUGGGGAGAAUGGAUAAAAUCCUCUUGCCUAAGAGCUUACAGCAGACUGUUGCCUCCAUCCCUUUCUUGUGGGUUUUCUAGGUGCCCCACUUGGACGGCUUUGAAAGAAGAUUGAAUGAAUUCAUGGAGGAUAUCAAUGGCUACUCACCCUGGUGGCUACGGUCCACCUCCACUGCCAGAGGCAGCAAAUGCUUCUGAAUACCAGUGGCUGAGAACCACAGGUGGGAAGAGUUGCUGGUUGGGGUGAGGUCCUGCUUGCGGGGCUUCUCCCAGUGGCACCCAUAUGUGCUAGUGGGAACAAGGUGCUAGACAAGAUGGGUCUCUGGGUGAGUGAACAGGUGUACAUCCACAGAAUCAUUCUAGUCUAACCCCCUGCAAUGCAGGAAUCUCAACACGAGCAUACAUGACAGAUGACCACCCAACCUCUGCUUAAAAACGUCCAAGGAAGGAGAGUCCACCACAUCUUGUGGGAGUCUGUUCCACUGUCAAACAGCUCUUACUGUCAGAAAAUUCUUUCUGAUGUCCAGUCAGAAUCUCUUGUUACUUGAAUCCAUUGGUCAGGGUUCUAGUCACACAUUCUGAAUGAAUUAGUCAAUUGGGUGGGGGUCAGGUUGCGACAGGGGCAUCUAAUUUUUCUUGACCUACCCACCCUCCUCUGUGCAGUUGCUCUACCUCAUGCCUGGUGUGCCGGCCCUUGAAAGCUUCCCCAUGUGGAAAUGCAUCCCCCUUUCAGUUCAUUAUAAGGCAGGAAAAAUAAAGUAAAUAUAUACUGUAUACAAAACGGCCCAAGUAACUUUUUCUCAGAGUAGACCCACUAAAGUUAAUGCGCAUGACUAACUGGGUCCAUUCAUUUCAAUGGGUCUCAUCUGAGUAGGACUUAAAUGGAUGCAGCCCACAUCAUUUCCUUCCUCCUGAGUGUGCGGGGAGCCAACAACCUCUAUGAGUCAUUCCCACGAUCUCCUUUUUUCUCUCCUUCCCGGUUGCCUCGACUCCGCGUUACCACCGAGAGGGAGUCGUGGACUGAAAAGGUGGGCGACCGGGGGGGGGGGGAGUGUUCGUGCUCGCCUCUGCUGCCGCCGCGUGAAAGGCCAGCAUCGUGCCAGUCUGCGCGCGUGAAUCAGCUUUUGAGAGGAGGGGAGUUUGUCCAAGCACGAAAAGCCAGCUUUAAAAACGGUCUUGCUUCCUCCAAGGUCCUGCCACAAGCACGGAUCACGCAUUUCAAAGGUGUGAGUCGUGACGGAUAUUUUCGAUUUGCCAGCCGGGGGCGUGGAAGUCUCUUGCUUCCUUUUAAAAUUUAUUAGACUGAGCUGCUCAAGUUUUUUUUUUAAAGAUAAAUAAAGGGCGAUCCGCUUGAUUUUUGACGCCACUCUGGGUGAACACACAUAAAAGGUUUGCUUAUUUUCGUCAUUAUUCCACCAUGGGGUGAGCAGUGCUCCGUACCCUGAAUCGUUUGGAUGUGCGCGCGUGUGCAAAUCUCCCACUUCCACGUGCUGCGUAAAAGAAUCGCCACCUCGGAUUCCUUUUUCUUUCCCCGCGCCGCCUCCAGCCAUGCUUAGCCGCGCCUCGUGCCGGUGAUUGGAGGCGAGGCAGCCAGCGGCGGGUAUAUGCGAGAAGGGGGCGGAUCGGUGCCUCCUGGAAGAGGAGGAGCGGCGGCGGCGGCAGUGGAGGGAAGGUCAUACCGCUUUAUAGAAAGAGGGGAGGAGAAAAGGAGCCGCUCCAAUUUCCCGCUGUUUCUACUGAACCGGGCGGGGGGUAACGCUCUUGAUCAACGCGUUCCGCCUUUGGCGCUUUUUAUGGAUUUGCUGUGUUAUACACGACGCGCGCGCGGGCUCGCUUUCUUCUAAUUGUUCAAAGCGUUGGAACAUUUGGAGCAGAGGGCGCCGCGCGCGGCGGGGGAGUGAGGCGUGGAGGUGAGAAGGGAGCCGGGCGCGCGAUUGGACACUCCGCGUUCUAAAGCGGCUGCUCGUUACUCAGCGUUCCGAAAGGCUCGGCCGAGCAUUCCAAUCCGCAUCCGGCGCUUCUCUCCUCCUCCUCCUCCUCCUCCUCGCGCUCUGAAAGCUGCAACUGAACGUUCUAAGAACGCCCCCCCUCGACGCGUUCUAAGAGGAGGCGCCGUUCUUUCUUUGCUGAGCGCGCGGUAGAAACAGCCUUUUAUUUUUUUCCCCUUCUCCUUUCGCGACCGCCCCCUCGCACGAGGGAUCCGAGCAGCGGUCGUUGCAAUUCCGUCCCCCCCCCCCGCUCCCUUUUCAGUUCCCUUUCCCUCCUCCUCCCUAAGCCUUUUUUCCCGCAGAGCCCAGCGGCCAUGGAAGGAGUCGGCGCGCUGCUGGCCGGCUGCCCCACCGCCGGCCUGGCCGGGGGCCUGGGGGUGACGGUGUGCGCCGCCGCCGGCGGAGUCCUCCUGUACAAAAUCGCUCGGAGGAAGAAACCCACCCACAUGACCGUGAAUUGCUGGUUCUGCAACCAGGACACCGUGGUUCCGUACGGCAACCGGAACUGUUGGGAUUGCCCCAACUGCGAGCAGUACAAUGGCUUCCAAGAGAAUGGAGAUUACAACAAGCCGAUCCCAGCUCAGUACAUGGAGCAUCUGAACCACGUUGUCUCUGGGGCCGGCGCCUUCUACGACCCCACCAAGCCCCAGCAGUGGGUGAGCAGCCAGGUCCUUCUCUGUAGGAAGUGCAACAACCAUCAGACCAUGAAGAUUAAGCAGCUGGCGUCCUUCACUCCCAGGGAGGAGGGCAAGUACGACGAGGAGAUUGAGGUGUACAAGCAUCACCUGGAGCAGACCUACAAGCUCUGCCGCCCUUGCCAGGCCGCAGUGGAGUACUACAUCAAGCACCAGAACCGGCAGCUCCGCGCCCUGCUGCUUCGGCACCACUUCAGCCACCGGAAGACAGACAAGACCUACAUGCAGAGUUUUUAUGCUGCGGCUUCAUCCACCACCACAGCCACAACCACGCCGGCCCAAGUGAUUGCUCUCCGGUUCCUGGCCUUCCUCAGCUGUGUUGUUCUCGUCAUGAUGGCCUUGUACGGGUCGGGCAACCCGUUCUCCCCUGAGCAUGCAACAACUCCUGCUCCGGCAAGCCCCGGGCCAGUGAGGAACGACACUGGCUCAUCGCCACCAGCAGUGCCGCCACCGGGCAACGGCACUCUCCUGGAAGUCCUCAGCUGGCAGGAAGUGACCCGGCUGUUGCCAGAGCAAGUCGUGGAGACUCUGAGAGUGGCUUGGUCUUACGGGAAGAACCACCAGAUCGCGGUGGUCGUCCUUGGGCUUCUGACGUGCUCCUUAGCCAUGCUGCUGGCAGGACGGAUUAGGCUUCGCCGGAUCGAUGCCUUUGCCUCCAUCCUGUGGCUCCUGGUGAUGGGCUUCCACUUGGCAGAGCGCUACCUGCAGGCAGACACCCCCAGCUGGCUCGACACAGCCAAGUUCGGCACCACCUCGCUGUGCUGCCUGGUGGGCUUUGCGGCUGCUGUGGCCACCCGGAAACCAACGGGCCAGCGGAGACCCCGGCCCCGAAGGUACCUCUCUGGGGAUGGUUUCUCUCCAUUUCCAUACGGCGUUGAUCUUGGCUUUCCGUCACCUCCUUCUUCUCCCUCCAUCUUCAUCCCGACUCCUCCCAGCAUGCUUCCACUGACCAGCCAGGCACUGUUCCGCUCACCGCGCCGAACUUCCUCUUCCUCUCUCCCUGGAAGGCUGAACCGGGCCCUAUCUCUGGGCACCAUCCCUUCUCUGGCCCGAACCGAUUCUGGCUACCUCUUCAGCGGGAGCCGGCCACCAUCCCAGACCUCUCACUCCAAAGAGUCUCCUACAUCAGAAUAUUUUUCCCUCCUCUCGGGGAGCUGUGUCUCCUCCCCUGUCCCUUCGCCGGCACCAUCCGUGGCUGGCUCCGUGGCUUCCAGCUCUGGCUCCCUGCGUUACCGGCGGCCCCUCAUCAGCCCUGCCCGACUCAACCUGAAGGGCCAGCGGCUGAUGCUGUUCUCAGCUCACAGCGAGGCCCAGCAGCAGGAGGACCUGGCCCACUCAGAGAGCAACAUUUUCGCCACGGAGCAGCCCGCCUUCCCAAAAAGGAACCUAAGCGAGCGGGGACUGCAUGAUAUGAGAGCCAUAACGGAAGCCGGGAGCAUCUGCAGCGACGGCACUGUCAAGAAAGGAGAGAAUUCGUCGCACUCAUCGAGCUGCGUGGUGGACACCACAACGAAAGGCGAGGAACUAACAGGAUGGAGGGGCCGCCUUGGCAGCUCGGUGCUCCGAGGUCUCCUUGCCGUGAGCCUGACCGUCAACGCCAUCUUCACAUCAGCCUACCUCUACCAAAACCUGCGCUGAGCCACGUUGCUGGGGAGUGAUGGCCAAACCACCACCGCCACUUCCUCUUUGUCGCCGCACUCCUUCCAAAGAGAGAGAGAAGGGGGGGUGGCGAUUCUAGGAUGAGGAGGACCCAACCAUUGUGCAGCCCUUCUGUCGUCAUAUCUGCCUCUUGGCCAGCCGCAAACUGCUGACCGCAAGAGAACACACACACACACCAAUCAAUCGCUGCUGACCUCGCCUAUAAGCAGAACACUUUCUCUUUUUAGGGAACUUUUGUGACCCAUGCUGGGCGAUGGCGGGGCUGUUUCAGCCAGUGUUGGGCUUCUCCAGUUACUUUGCACCUUUCUCUGUACAGAACCGGUUUAUCAGGAUGAGCUUGAAGAUGCUGGGUUGUUCUUGUUUUACGGGGGUGGCACGUUGAUGGAGUGGCCAUGGCCAAGGGACUUUCUUCCUCCCCUUGUUUAACGAUGAAACGUUAGCGUUGCUGACUUCUCGUUUGCCAAAGGACCGGGAAACAUGCCGUUUUGCUCUCCAGUAGUUCCAUGACGUUUCGCUGCUUCGUUGGCCUCGUUAUCCCUAACAAGACUUUCUCUCAGUUUCCCUCUCUAGUGAGAAGGAGGGGGAGAGGACCAGCACAUUAACUCAUUCUGUGGCGUUCUUUUUCACCUUAGUUCCUUAACCACUUGCCACUCAGCUGCAGUUCAUUUAUUGGUGCUGCCAUCGUAUCUGUUUGUACUUGUUUGCAAUGUUUUGCAGAUUGAUGGAUUGUGGGGGUUUUGUUUAGCUUUUGUUUUUUUUAAAGUCAGUAUCCAGUAUCGUAACUCCAUUUUUGCCUCACGUACAGGCACCACUUCUACUGUAACAAGACGUUCUGAUGUCACUGAUAUACACUCUGGCUCUCGAUGGCCAGGGUGUUUGCUGGGUGUUUCUGAGUUGGAUUUUUGAGAAAUUUGCUCUCAAUGUGACGUACUAGAAAUGCCAGAACUGGGAGGCAGGGAGUUGUAGAAACUGGCCACUGUUUGCAGCUUCAGAGGUCUGUCUCCCACUGCAUCUGUGACGUGUGGAUUUCUUUGUUCAAAACUUAUAUAUAUCUUCUUAACUAGCCAAAAGCUGAAGUAGGUCAGGUUAAGAAAUUCUGCCCUGUGCUGCAAAACUCAAAAAUGAAAUUGGUGCUUGCUAUAUCAGUCAGACUCUGUGCUUGGAUUGUAUGCAUAAAAACUGUUAGGUGGAACGACUUGUGUGACUGUACCUCUGAGCAACAAACAAGUAAAUCCCUGCACUUAAAAAGCUAGCAAAUCAGGGAAGUUUGAACUGACACACUAGUUAUCUGUGUGCAGGGAUUUUAUUUUAUUUUUAUUUUUUAUAUAAAUCAAUCAGGUAUUAUGUUGCCACCUGCUGUCUGGUGGUAGAGUCUAGUCACACGUCAACCACUUCCUGCUCGUCAUCUGUUUUAGAGAACCAGAUCACAGGUGCUAGGUCCAAAAAAUUAUCCCUCUCCUAAGAGUAAUUCCAAAACGUCUCGCUUCACAGGUAUCCAGUCCUACAUUCUACAUGCUGUAUUUUUGGGUGGGCAUCCAAGCACUGCCAGUUAACAUGGGCAGAAACUCGAAAUUUAAUUCCUCUCAGUAAAUUGCUUCUCUUUCCUCGGGGUAUUCCCAAAAGUUAAGUGCUUCUGCCGCAGCCCAGGAAAAUGUGCCCAUUGCCAAAUAGCUCAGCUUUUUUUUGUUGCAGAAAAUAUUUCAGGCUUGAGGUGUGUAAUUCUGUGCCGCGACUGACUGCUCACUAGCAGUGAAAUUAAGCCUGUGAUCUUAGACCUUACCUGGUGGGGGGGGGGCGUUGUUUGUAAGCAGGCUGUAUUUCUUCAUAGUCCUCUAUUCCAGCAACAUCUGAAGAGAAGGCCACUGGUUACACACCACACUGUAAAUAUCUUUCCAUCUUUCAAACCACCUUUGGCUCCCUGUGGGGCAGGUGGGGAGCGAUCAUUCUGCUCUCUCUGCCUAAGAAGGGAGGAGGGAGGCAGAAUCCUUUGCAUAUGGUGCUAAAACACACUCAAUCGCAAUCACUCUGGUGCAAAUUCUUCAAAUCGCAGCGCGCCCAACUAAAAUGGGGUAAAGGUGUCUUGAAAGCACCACGUCUGUGUCUUAAUUCCUUUCCGCCUUAAUGCAAUUGAUGUGUUUCUUUGUCUUGCUAUUGUCCUUUCCCCUUGCACAAAGUAUUGGUGUGUGGGGAAAUCGCUUGAUGAUGCCAAUGUUUAUAUAUAGAGCCCUGUCUGUUGGCAGCAAAAACAAAAAAACCCACCAUUUCACUCUUUUAUUGAACUUGAAUGCAGCACAGUCACCUGCGUUUAAAUAACUAUCAAUUCUCAACUAAGAACCUGGGUUUAAGUGGCCAAUUUCUUUAUGGGAGCAAAGGGUGGGGGAUAGCUAUUGUUUGCCCACCAGCCUUCCGUGUCCAGUAAAACAUUUAAAAACACACAUGUACAUUGUUUGCAACAGACGGAGAGGGGAUUGGCCACUGACACUGUUUUUCUGAUGGGGUUAUAGGCACGUGGUGAUAGUUCUGUACAUAUAGAAUGCAUCCUUUGAGCAGCUUGUCCAGAAGCCUCAUGAGGACUAGUUCCCUGGUGAAUGUAAAAGCAACUGCCUUCAGGAGUUAACUCUUACUAUCGAAAUACACUGUGUUCCUGAGAGGCUUGAAUUUUUGGGGUUGGGUGGGGAUUUGGUGGGUGGGAGUCAUAAGAGAAGAAAAAUGGCAGAGUCCUGGUUUUUAUUUUCCUUCACUGAGAAAAGUUGUACAUUUUGUACUUAAUAUGACUGUGGGGUGGGGUUAACUUUGUACAGUUCGGUGAGAAAUUUGUGUCUUUAGUUUGGGGGUUUGGAUGCGAGGGGUUUGUUCUUUUCCCUCUUCUUGCCCCCCACCCCUGCCAUUCCUCCAGGGAGUUUAUGUUCUGUGUUUGAGAGAUUAUUUUUCAUUAUAAAAGUGGAGAAUAAAAGUGAAAUUGAAUCUUGAGCAUCUUGUCCCAUCACUUUCUUAAAUGGGAAGGAAAAACUGCAAAAGCGGUGUAGCUUUUACGUUCAAUUUCAAACCGACUCACCCCUUUGAUCAUUUUGCAAACAACUUUCUAUUCCUUUCGUAACUUAGACAGGUAGGCAAGGGAGGAAAUCUAUCCCGUCCAAGUAGCUCAUGGUUGACAUAUCAUCCUCACAAAACAACCCUGCAAAUUAGAUUAAAGUUAAACGGAGCAGUCCAAAUGGGGAUUUGAACCCAGAUCUCUUGUCCCAGGCUAAUGUUUGAUGCAGGUUCGAGAUACAAUUUUAUUUAUUGUUUAUUGAAUUUAUAUCCCACCCUUUAUCCCCCAAGGCAAACAGGGCGACAAACACCUAUACAGUGGUACCUCAGGUUAAGUAUUUAAUUGGUUCUGGAAGUCCGUACUUAACCUGAAGCGUACUUAACCUGAAGCGAACUUUCCCAUUGAAAGUAAUGGAAAGUGGAUUAAUCCGUUCCAGAUGAUGAAAAACACCCCCUAAAACAGCAAUUUAACACAAAUUUUACUGUCUAACGAGACCAUUGAUAAAAUGAAGGCAAUAAUCAAUGUACUGUACUAUAAGUAAGACAGUAUUGUAGAUGAAAACCAACUACAAACUCUGGUUAACAAGUUUGUAACCAUAGUUAAUAUGUCCAUAGUUAAGCUUCUGUAAUGCUGAACUAUGUUUUUUUAAAAAAUUUUAAACCUACGGUAGCUUAAUAACCAUGGGUUGAUGUUAUGUUCAAACUAACAUCUGUGCAAGAAUAUUUCUCGACAUACUGUGUUGAAGGGUAUUGCUUUAACAGGUCAUGGGACCCUGCCUGCAGCUUGUCACAGGUUUACCACCUUUGUGAACUAAACCAGCUCUGGUUUUGGCGCUGAGAGAGAAUCCUUUGGCCUGGCACGUUAGUCUCAUUUUGUAUCAGCCAGGGUGACGCAAGCAAGCUUUGCGGGAUCCACCUUCCAACUUGCACACAAACAUACGGGUUCUGCUUCUUGGGUUGUGUGGUUGUGUCAGACCUCCUUUCUGUUGAUAGAUGUCACAGAUACAAUUUGCUUUAUUGUUCCAUAAGGUGUGUUGAGGAUUCAGUUGCCCAAGCUCUUUUGAUCAUCCUUGCCAGGUAAGCUCAUGGUGAUGUUUGUUGAUGUUUAUUGCUGUUCUAACCUCUCCUAUUGGGUAUUUUUAAAAAAAUAAAUGUGGUUCAAGGGGUGAAAAUGGAGUCUGUAUGGAGCUGGAACACAGUAGCUACCUUAGGCCAGAUUGUUUUUAUAGGCCAAUAUUGUCUACUCUGACCGGCAGCAAUUCUCCAGGGUCUGAAGCAAGAACGCCUUUACUCUCCUCUGCGACCUGGAGAUCCUUUUAAUUGGAAGGGCCACAUAACAAGUGCUUGAACAGAG